GACACAUCUAGAAUGCCAUGGCUGGAUUUGAGGACUUUGAUAGCUUCGACUCGUUUGAAGACUCGUUUGACGAGGAUGAGAUGAUUGCGUUGACUGCGCGGCCGCCGGUGUCGCAGCCUGAACGAGGAACCGUGGAGAUCACCGAAUCUGGGGAGUACACCCAAUUGCCGAAGCCGCUUGAGGUACAACCUCCGGUAGAUACCAAAGCCCAAGACUUGCUCGCAGCCAGGGGAGAGGUUUCCAUCUUGCGGUCACGACUCGAGGCGCUCACCAAGGCGAAAGAGGAUGAGAUCAGGCGGUUGAGCGAGGAGGCCAAGGCCGCCAAAAUCGCGGCCGAGGAGCGAAUUAGCACGCUAGGAGCGCAAAAUACGGUGUUGGAGGAUGACAAAAAAUUUCUCCAUAACCAGCUAAAGCUCCGCUCGCAUGAGCCCAAGCGGAGAAAGCUCGAUGAAGCAGAAAAGCCACGGGAGGUCAAGGUAGAGAAGGAGGUCAGGACGAUUGUAGUCCGGACUAGUGUUCCAGAUGAACGACCUGGCCUUGUAGAGCAUCUUAUACGGCACACGGUUAGGGGGUUGCCACGGUCUUGCAUGGAAUAUUUGGCGAGAAUUUCCAUUGACACUAAGUUCACGUGCAAGGGAUGCGUGAUUUUGCCACGGGAACCGAUUUCUGGGAGUAUCCAGGCAUAUUUGGUGGCGAAACAGAGCUUGCUUAAGCUUGAUGACCUCGUGGAGGAGUUUUGUGAGGUUGUUUCCCGGCUUAUAGGGCAGUUGGUCGAUGCUCAGCGCCUUCUUGCGGUCCCGUUUCUCUUAGCCGUGCUCCACGCAACUGUCAGGUUCCGGCCAAAUGCCGUUAAAGAUGAUGUUUUAGAGCAGUUAAUGGACCUCAACUUUGAUAUCCUGGAGCGCUACGAACACACUCUCAAGGCCGAUAUGGACGAUCCUGAAUUUCCCAGCAACGUCCCUGACCACAUUGCGCUUCUCCAGAGCACCACCAUGCUUUUCUCCGUGGAGCUUCUCGAGCUGCUCUUCUCGUGUGCACAGUUGCGGCUGGAGGCGCUUCGCGCGCGCGUGUGGGCAAAGCUCCAACCGACCCUUCUUCCGAAGCUCCUCUCGACCCAUUCGCCUGUCAAUGUUGCCUUUGCGGCCGUGGAAAUGGUUAUCGCGUCCCAGACCGGCGACCAGCGACAGAUCUUGCUAGUGGCGAAACUUAUCGCAGAAGAGCCUGCGCCACGAAUCGGAUUCCAGCUUUAUGGGCUCAAUCGAAUGAUCGGGUCCAACAAAGAUGCCAGGAGGUUGGAUUCCAUGGUCCCGUCGGCGCGGAGAAAUUUCGAGGGAAAGUUAGUGACGCCUACCCCUCUACCGGUGGCUAAUUGGGAAACUGGUGACAAUGGUCACGUCUCCCACGUUGCGCUUUUGGGACUCCGUGUCUUGGAGCUUCUCACCGUGUGCAACGACAUGUACCGGAGCGCACGCCCGUUGAUAGACGUGCCUGUGAUUAAAAUCUUGACGGCCAACGCGACGAUGGAGCAGGACUUUGUCUACGCCCACCCGCGCCACCGGCUGGUCCCCACGCGCAUCAUGACCGUGGCCAAGACGGUUGCGAUCUUGCACGUGCUGUGGCACCGGUUUCAGAAGGGCGAGCUACAGAUUCCACGAGACACCUCACACGAGCUACUCGUGUUGCUCACGCGUGUGGCGUUCUCUCAGACGAAGGAGGGGUUGUGGGAUGCCAGCAUGAACUACAUGCGGAAGAUGCGGGUGCAGUUUGGGAUCCGGGCGCCGCUAUUUAACGAGUACGCAGAGGCGCGUGCGCGCAAAUUAGCCCACAUCACUGCGGCGUCGUCCAUGGAGGACAUUUGUGAGGCUGAGCUCACGUUUGCCAACGGGUUGGAGUUUGCAUAUGAAGAUAAUACUAUUUGUUUGGCCAGGGAGAUCUUGGAGAUGCUCACGACGGGCCCGGAAGCUGAUAAUCUUUACAGCUCGAUGAACUCGGAGGUAGAGGACUGGGAUAUGGACCAGGACCAGAUGGAUGAGAGAUAGAAGUUUGAGCUAGACCGGGUUUAGCCUUAGUGAUUUGAGAAUAGAUCAGUGCUCAUAGCCAUGGCUACGGUCGGGGGAUCCUAAAUAUGAAAUAACUUAAUCAUAAAGGUG